AUGGUUGACCACCACCAACAACAUAUCGCACUGGGUGUCGUGGUUGCAUUUCCGAUUCUUGGAGGUCUUUCGGUGCUCUUGAGGCUCUGGAGUCGCCGGUUAUUGCGAUCGGCGCUCACAAUCGAUAUCAAAACGAAUUAUGUCGGAAUCCACUUCGACGACAUCCCGAAAGACUACGAUGCUAAGGAAGGAUACAUUUGGAACUUCGCCAACCAGAUCCUGUACAACCCAACUCUUACCGUGGUUAAAUUAUCAAUCUUGGCCUUCUUGCGCAGACUAGAAUCGCGGUCGCGCAUUGUUAAUCUCCUCAUCUGGACGUCUUUCGUCAUUGUCAUUGGCCUCUUCAUCGCCGUACUGUUCGUCGACAUCUUCCAAUGCCAUCCGGUCGCCUACGUAUACGACCUGUCGAUUGUAGGCGGCAAAUGCAUUGAGCAAGGCAACUUCUACGUGUCGACCGCAGCGUUGAAUCUCUUCACGGAUUUGCUGGUAAUGUCGAUCCCCAUCCUGAUCACCUGGAAUCUCCAAAUGCCCCUGCGACGGAAGCUUGCCGUGUGCAUCGUCCUGUGCCUGGGUGGAGUUGCCACCGCCAUCGGCGUGUGGCGCAUUGUCAUUCUCGCACAAGUCUUCGUCGCCCACGAGAUCUCUUCAGACCCGACCUACGCGAUUGGCUUUGUCAGCUCAGCUAUCGAAGUCAACGUCGCCGUCAUCACCGCCUGUGCCCCCUCCUUGAAAGCCAUCGCCGGCCGGUACCUCCCCCGCCUGCUCGGCACCUCCCGCGGCGAAACCUCCGGCUACGGACCCGGGAACAGCGGCUCUCGAGGCCAGUACCCCGGCUCGAAACCGUUUUCGAACAAGUCACAGCCGCGCUCUGCUCAGCUGCGGUCCCAUGCCGAUGACGGGUACGAGAUGGCCGAUCCGAAUGGCGGGCAUACUGUGGACAUUGAUGCGGGUCGGGGCGACCCCUUCGAUAUGCGCAAGUAUCGUCGCGGCGGCGAUAGUCCGAGUGUCAGCAGCGGGAGCGUGGAUGGGGUUGUUGGUAUUGUGAAGACGACGGAUGUGUCGGUCCAGUAUACCAUUGAGGGGGCGGCACGGACACAAUAUGAUGGGCGGUCGCGCGAGGCGAAGCAUUCCAGUGUGGAUAGUUUGGUGUAG